UGAGAACCACGUCGCCGCUGCUUACCUGGCAUUUGGCAAAGUUCACUCACACAAGACUACUCAGUACACUCUGCAACUUGUCGUGGCCGUGUCUCCGCGUUCUUACCUUUUAACCACUCAAAUAAUUGUAAAAAUGAGCUUAAAUAUUCAGCGAUGACAAUUUUUUAUAAAAAAACAAUUCUCAAGCUGGUCUAACCAGCUAAGUUAUUAGUGUUUGAGUGAUUGACUAAUUCAUUAUGCCUUAUAUCAUGGUGAUGGGUUGCCUCAGUGCAUUACAUCUUUCCAAGGAUGAAGGUGCUACUGUGUACGGACUGAAAAGUGAUGAACGAAGUGCGCUAGUAAGGGAACUGAAUUCGUCCUUCGGAAUGUCUGUUGCAACGGCAAACGAAUCAGAACGUACAGUUCGCGUCGCACAGAAAGGCCUGACUCUAGUGCUUGUCAACCGGAUCCACGGCCUUCUUGGCUACGACGUUGUAUCACACGCGAUGGCCAUGACUAACGCCAACCGGGAACUGAUCUCCUUUACAAUGUACAAGAAGACGAGCCCGAACUCUCACGGCCAGGCGCAUGGUCAGACACAUGGUCAGACACACGGUCAGGCACAUAGUCAGGCUCACGGUCAUGGACAUAGUAGCUCGCACAAAAAUCACCCAAAACCUGCGCAGGCACACAGCAGCGUUGUCACGCUAUGAUAGACCAUAUUAGAGGCGUUAGAGGCGCAACCAAUAUUAUCUAUAGAUAGACAAUUUUUUUAUAUAGAACUUUUUGAUGACUUAUAUGACCCAGGAUGGGUAAAAAGGAAAAAAAAUAUUUAUGAAUAUACUUUGUGUGGACACAGCCUUACAAUAUGUAAAAAUACAAACUAUUGUUUAUUUUGAGACUAUAAGUCUAUAAACUCGCUCACAAGUACGGAAUUUAAAAAAAUGAUUGAAAUUAUAUACAGCAAGUGAAGGGAUUAUUUUUAGUUUGAUUAUUAAGGAAUUUUUUUAAUAAAUUAUUCUAAGCACCUACUGUACAAUUCAUAAUCAUAGAUACUAAAGAGUUUUUAAUCAUUACUUUUGGCUGUAUAAUAAAUUACCUCAGAUGACAGAUAUAUAAGUGACGAAGAUAUUUUAAUUGCGGGAAGUCGUUUAAACUACGACAAGGAACAAUAGGUUCGAGCGAUGUAUUUUUAUAAAUGUGUACAUGCAUGUAUAAAAUUUUAAUUAGAGUUAUUGAAAU